UUAGAGACCAUCUGUGAUUGUAUUGUAAACAAGAUGGCGACUGCCGUGUUGUGGUUUAAAUUAACAUCGUGUUAACAAAAUGCGUGUUACACGCUUAAUUUAAUAAAAAAUAUGUCUAAUUCACCAUCAUCAAAUUCAGACAAAAGAUUGGCUGAUUAUUUUGUAAUAUGUGGACUCGAUCUGAGUUCUGGUCUAGAACCAGAUCAACUUGCGGGCGAAAGCUUGCAUUGUACACCACUGGACAGACCAUACCGAUCAAAGGUGCUGGCCCACUAUCCAGAAAAUGUACCAUGGAAUCCCUUCGACAAAAGUGCUGUUGGAAUGCUGUGCUUGCCAAAAGGAUUAACAUUUCGUACCCAAAAGCAUAAACGCUCUGCUUAUUUUCACUCAUUCAUCAUCACAAAAGAAGAUGGUUCUCGUACAUAUGGACAGUGUUAUACAUUCUAUGAAGAAGUAAAUGAUCGUAAGAUUUGUGAUGCUAUGCACACCUUACAGGCUAUGCACUUGACUGAAUUGAGCAGUAGCAAAGUACCUGGUGUUCAUAGCAUUUCAGAUGUGGGAAGCACACGGUCUCUUCCUCGAUCCUUUAAACUGAGUAAUCGGCAAUCUCAUAAUAAUGCAGGAGCAUUGUAUGAUCUCUCUAGAGAUAUCUUAUAUGUUACCAAAUGUAUUUGCCUUAUUACACAGCUACCUGUGGUAGUAGCUUGUCGUAAAUUUCUGGAGGGGCUACAUUAUCUUGUUAUGUCUAGAGAGCCACCUGCCAUGAGGCUUGAGUCAUAUGUUUACAACAUAUUAUUUGAGGUGCCAUUGCCACCCCCAAAUCGAAGUUUAAAAUUUACUUGUUUUGGUCAGCAAGUUUUGUGCCAAAGACCUGGUCCAUGUGAACUCCCUUUCUUUGAAUAUUCUUAUCAAAUGUUGUUCUCAACGUUAGGUGUAGAUAAUGUUAUUUUGUUAUAUACUAGUGUUCUUUUAGAAAAUCAAGUAUUACUUUUUUCUGCUGAUUAUGACAAACUAAUGGUUGUUGCGGAAUGUAUUGUUGCUCUGCUAUUUCCAUUCACAUGGCAACAUGUAUAUGUCCCCAUCCUGCCUGCUUCUCUUCAUCACUUCCUUGAUGCUCCUGUCCCUUAUAUCAUGGGGCUAUGCAGUCCUCGGGAAGAACGUGCUCAAUUGUCCAUUCCAGGAGAAGCAAAUUUGUGUUUUGUUGAUAUCGACAACCAAAUUGUUGAGGUUCCAGAAGACAUUCCAAAGUUUCCGUGCCGUAAUGAGCUAAUCUCCGAACUAGUAGAUACAUUGAAGACAUUUGGAGUGUGCUCAAAUGAAAAAGAGCUAGAUAGGAACUCUAAUGAAAGGAGCUCCAGAAAUCACUUGAGAAAACUCUCAUGGACUUUUGACAGUGGAGAUUCUGGUGUGAGUAGCACUGACAGUAGUGCAAGAAGUUCGUACAGUAGUUUAGCUAGUACUCACAGUCAUAUUCUCCAACAAAGUGAAGCACUGCAGAAAGUAACUGCCCUUGCAAAAAGAACAGGUGUAAUUACUUCCAUGGGUGAUUUAGAAAAGCCAAAAAAAGUAGACAAUGAUGGAACUUCUAGAAAUCGUGGAAAAGAGGAAAUUCGGAAUUAUAUUGACAUGCUCAAAUUAAACAAUGCAGUGAGAGAAAUAUUUCUGUGCCGUUUUAUUCAUAUGUUUAGGUCAUAUGAAAAUUUUAUUAUCCAGCCAAAUCAACAUGAUAUGGAACAGUGGUUGAGUAACAGGGAAACAAUGCAGAACUUUGACAAAACUGCCUUUUUAUCUGAUCAACCCGAGCCACAUCUUCCUUUCUUGUCUCGUUUUAUAGAAACGCAAAUGUUUGCCACUUUCAUCGAUAACAAGAUUGUUUCACUGUGGGAAGAACCAGAUCCUUAUUUAAAAUUGUUUGAUGCUAGAAUGCGGUUGUUAAAUGGAGAACAUUGUGGCGAUGGUGUUAGAGUUACCACCUAUGAAAGAUGCACUACUUACCAAGAAACGGAAACACAUAUAGAAAAAAGAGCAAAUAACAUUGAUAUUGUUGCACCUACACCUAAACCUCUUGAUGGAGGUGUAGAUUUUUCUGGAAGAAAAAGAUUUGUUCCUGGGGUUUUCCCAUUGCUAGAUAGUGACCUGCUGAAUGAAGAUUCAUCUGCAAAUCGUUCCAGGCGGCGCACACCAAGUGCACAGUGGAAAAGAAGGGAUCGUCGUCAUCAACAAGCAGAACAUUUACAGAUAAAUGCUGAUCAGCGUGAAUUCCAACUUGCUGAAAAACAUGCUGGGUUAUGGAAAAAGUAUAUUCAGGAAGCGAGAACAAAAACGAUACGCAACCAGAAGCACUAUGAUGUGUCUCCAGCUUCUAUAUCUCAAACAUAUUGGAAAUUUGUUAUGGCUCUAUUGAAAGAAUGUAAAAUGAGAACUAAACGAAUGCUUGUUGAAAAAAUGGGUCAAGAGGCUGUAGAUUUAGGACAUAAUGAAAUCAGUAUAACUGGUGUUGAAGAGAAUACUCUUAUUGCCAGCUUAUGUGAUCUUUUAGAAAGAGUAUGGGCCCAUGGGCUUCAGUCAAAACAGGGAAAAUCAGCUUUGUGGUCUCAUCUUGUUAGUUACUUUGAAGUGGAAGAGUGUAAAUCUUCUGGUAAACCUAUAGAUCCAAAUUUCUUAACACCAGCACUGGCAUGGUGUGUUCUAAGGAAAAGGAUUGAUUCACGUUCUGAACCUUUCUGGAAUAUUGGCUUACUUCUAGUCAAAACAGGUGCUUUAAGCACCUUGGUUAGUCAACUUACAAAUAUUGAUAUUUCUAAUCUUACCCUUGAGGCAGAUCCUGUUUCAAAUUACAAAGAGAAUAAUGGCAAGGAAAGAAGAAAGGCAAAAACACCUGAAAUGCCUACUCUUAAGCCACUGCCAAUAUCUUUAGUCAAUGACAUCAAAAAUGUCCAGGCAAUGACAGAAAUAAAAACAGACAUUGGUUAUGCCAGAGCAUGGGUUCGAUUAGCACUAGAAAAAAAACUUUUACAUAAACACUUGCAAAAAUUAUUGUCAAAUCAGGAUUUACUUAGAAGUUCAUAUAAAAGAUAUGCCUUUCUCCGAUGUGAGGAUGAAAAGGAACAAUUUCUUUACCAUUUGUUGACAUUGAAUGCUGUUGAUUAUUUUUGUUUUACCAAUACAUUUACUUCUACAAUCAUUCCAUAUCGUGUUGUUGUGUUUCCCAGUCGAAAGUUGAGUGCUUCUACCACAUCAGCUAAUGCAUGGAUUAUAGUAGCAGGAACACUAGGAGAAACAAAACUUAUUCCUUUGCCAAGGCAAAUGCUAGAAAUUGUUUUUCAGCACAAAAAUUUAGGUAUACUUACAACUCUAAGAAUUGGACAUGAUAAUACAGGGAUUUCUCCUAAAUGGAUGGUUGAACAUAUACUUGUGAGGAAUGAAAUUUCUGGUCAUACUUAUAAGUUUCCAUGUGGUAGGUGGCUAGGAAGAGGUGUUGAUGAUGGAAGUACUGAGCGUUUAUUAGUUGGAGAAAUGAUCCCACGUGAUUAUGAUACAGAAGAGUUGAUGGAAACAUGCCGUACACCUCCAAGAUGCCGAUCUCCCAGUGUUCCUCGAAGGCCAAGUGAACCGAAAUUAACAAUCCCUGAAAUUCAGCAGAUGCUUGGGGAUGCAGUUAAUAAUAUUGUAAAAUAUUAUUACAAGCCAGAGAAAGAAAGGGGUAGUUUGACUAUAUUGCUUUGUGGAGAACUUGGUUUAGUCUACUGCUUAGAACAAGUCUUCCUGUAUGGUUUCAAAGCGAAACGUUUUUUUAGGCAUGUGUAUUUAUGGGAUUUUUUUGUUAAAGUUGGGGCCCACUUUGAAGCCCUCCUGCAAGAGGAUGAGGGUGCCAGCAGUCCAGUGCCAAGGCAAUCCCUGGAACAUGUGUUAGUAAUGCGCUCUUACUGUAGUCUUGUAGAAAAGAUUGACAAUGCUUCCUGCUCAGUGGGGAAGGAUGGCAAAUUCCAACUAUUUAUUUGUUUUGCCGCCAGAGACCAUCUCCUACACCGGAUGCUCCUGCACAUUGCUUCCACAUCUGUUACGUCCAGCAUGUAUGAGGAGCAAUCCUUCUUGCGUGAUCCCAACCUUGUCACCUUCCUUGUACAAAUCCUGGAGUCACUCUCUGACUUUAAUAUUGUUCUGGAAACCUCGCUCACCAAAGGAAUUGAGAGCUGAAUUUCACCUCAUUUAAAAAUUUUUCUUUUAUUAUCUGCCUAGUAGGACUGAACCUGGAGUGGUCUUGGGUUGCUGCAUUUAUUGAUCUUCCAAGGUCACUAAUAUCACUUGUUGAUAUACCAUAAGGAAUGAAAAUUAAAAAUUGUUUCAAAAAUUAUGGAUGGAAUCUAAAGAGCAUGACUUAUAAAAUUUUCAGUUUAGACAUGAAAGUUUCUUAAAAGUGAAUUCUUUUAUAACGGAUAUGUAUAUGUUUCUCAAAAUAUAGUGUUGAAAUGAACUGCAAGUUAUAAAUUAAAUUUGAUUAUUAAUUUUAUAUUAUAAAAAGAAUUUAAUGAAAUCCUGUAAUUGGCAAGCUAAAUUGCUGCAUCUUUAUUUUGAAAUGAAAUGUGUGUUUUUCUCCCUUCUCAAACUUAUAUAUUGAUUAAAUUAUUCAGUGUGCAAUACAAAUUUAUUAUAGUAUUAUUAAAAUUAUUUCUGAGGUUAUUUUUAAAUUUGAUGACAGAUAAUGGAAAAUUAUCAUUUAAAUUAAUUGAGUUAGUGUAUAUAAUGAUAUGGAAAGUUUUGUUAAUUUGUAUAUUAUAUGCAUAUGGUAGUGUUUAUUGUUUAAAACUGCAUUUAAACUAGAGAUAAAAAAAAUGAUUUUUCUUGUAUGGUGAGAUACUGGUGAAAACAUGGAGGAAUCUCAUUUAUAUAUUCCGAGAAAUAGCAGUUAAAUAAUGUAGUAACCUUACUUGUCAUGUUGUAACUGCCACUGUAUAAAAAUCAUUAUCAUCCAUCCUCAUUUCUGUCCAUUGAGAGUGAUUUGUUACUUUACAUAUUAUCAUGUGCAGAACAUGUUGCAAUCUUUGACCUUCCAACUAAUAAAUGAUUUAUUUUUCUGUUAAAUCAGGAGGGGAAAAAAAAUUAACCAUUGAAUUCAUCUUGGGAAGCAGUUAAUUCAUACUGAGAAUUAAGCUUCCAUUAAUUAAAUAUAUAUAUCAUUUUUAUUUAUUGGUUGUUUUUAAUGGUGGUUGUGAUGUUUAUCACUGUUUAUAAGAAAAAGUAAUUUUGAGUACAAUGAAAAAAGUUAUAAGAUAUUUGAACAAUAAAAAAAAAUUUUAACAGGAUUUCUAAUUUUAAAAAAGCAAUAAAAACCUGAAUGGAAAAUUAAGGAAAGAGUAUAUUCUAAUCAUGACUUCAAUUCAUAAUUCAGCUUUUACUCCUCCUUAAUUUUUUAAGAUAUAAAUAAAUAAUUUAGACAUAAUUUAAUCUUAGAAAAGAUUAAAUUACAAACUAUUGAAAACUAUUAAAUUAUUAUUAAACUAUUAAAUUACAAAUUGCUGAUCUACAAAUCAAGAUUCUAAAUUAUGAGUUUUUCUUUUUAAUUUUAGAUUGAAUUUUAUUAUUAUAAUUUUGCAUUUAUUAUAAAUUAUUGCAUUUAUUUAUAAUAUUGCAUUUUUAUUGCUAAUUUUGCUUUGUUCAAAUAUCUUAACUUUUGCAAAAGAGUUUGUUUCUACUUAAAUGAUAAUUUUUAAUCUGGUUUAUUGGUUAUACCUAUUCUUGUAAUCAUUUUUGCAUAACAAUGAAAAUGAAUAGUAAAAUUUGAGUAUCUCUUCAGUUUACACACUGCCCUAUUGGAAAUUUGUUCCAAAAAAAGAAACUCAACUAUAUGUAAGUAAAUGGAUAGGUGAAUUGUUAGUUUCAUAUCAUUUUUAUAUGGAGAUCUGUACGUAAAAAAGGAUUUUCAUGUGCUCAUCCAAUUAUUCUAGCUGAUCUUAUUUUUGGUUUAUAAGUUCAAUAUAGUCGUAUCUAAUAUUAAUGCGCAAAAGGUAAAUACAGAUUUUCUAGUCAUUGUAGAAGAUAGUUAUAUGCGCUAGAGUUUGGACUUAUGAUGUGAAAUGUUUUAUAAUUUUAUUCAUUGAAAUUCUGAAAUAUCCAUCCAUUCAUACUUUUUUUUGUGUGUGUGAACUGUUAAAAAAGAAUUUUAUGUUUAGCAUAGUACAAUAAUUUUUGCUUAUUUUGUCCAGUUAAGGCCUGCAUAUCAGUUCAGAAUUUUUUUUUCAGCCAACUGUGAUACUCUUCAUGCCUUCUUUUUUAUACUUUGGCUUGUUAUUUGAUUAUAUAUACUUUAGUUAAUAAUUUUAUAAAAUGCAUGUCAAUUUUUUUUGUCAUAAGUUUAUCUUUUUAAAAAAAAUAUCCAUGCUUACUUUAAACUGUAUGUAGCAAUUUGAUAUACCUUUUAAAAAAUUCUGUCCAUCUUUUAUGACAUUUAUAGGAAAUUGUACAUAUGGAAAUACAAAUAUUGUUUCUUGCAUGGUUUUAAUUCAUGUUUUUUUGCAUUUAUUAUGUCUAUAGUAGUUGAAGAAUAAGGCAUUAUUUCAAAUGUUUUGAAGAUAUCAGUCAUCUUGCCAUGUACAAAUCUUGUUAUGUUACAUAUUUCUGUUAUAUAGUUAAGUUAAUCAUAGUAUACAGAUUUUCAAAUAACUUGGCAUUCGUUUUGAUGCUUUUCUACAGUUUCAUAACAUCUUUGGAAUAUUCUAUGUCACAUCCUAAUAAUUUAUUUAUACAUGUUAUGAAAUUUGCACUUAAUAACUGAUCAGCCAUUUAAAAGAUUUAUAUACAUUUCAAGUUAUUAAGGUCAUUUUGUUAAAGACGAUAUAUUAAAAAUGUAAUCGGAAGAGAAAAAAAUUACUUUUAACAUAAAAGAACGUUAUAAAACAUGGUGUUUCUAAAAAUAUUAAUAAAUCUACUUAUUAGAUGCAAGCCAUUUUUUGAUAAAAGUUAAAUUUGUAUGUCUUGCAUGAGAUUUUUUUUAAAGAAGCAAUUCAUAGAAUAAUCAAUCUAUACUUAGUUGCUUCAGUGAAAAUACUUCAUAGUAUGCUGAAUAAUUCUGUUUUUAGAAGGCCUUAGAAGGAACGAUUGUGAUAUUGUAACAAUUCCUGUGUAUAUUUGUAUUUCAGAUGUAAUAUAUUGCAUUGGAAAUGUCUCCUGUAUAAAGUUAAUACUACUUAAGUUCAGUUCUGUUAUUUGUGUAUUAAAGAAAUGUGUAAAUAAGAAUUGUUUUAUUUAAUGAUUGUAGUUUCUUUUGUAAACUG